UUGCAGGAUUUGAGGGCUAAGAAAACAUUCACCAAGUUAACUAGCAAUUGUUAUCAAGCAUUAGCAGACCUGACGAUUCAUUUGGCAUUAAUUAAUUAUGACAGCCUUCAAUAAAGCUAUGGCGGAGAUUCUGGGACUGUGUGUUAUGUUAGUAUGUUUAGGAUUUGAGCCUGUCCUCUCACAGAACACCAGUGCUACCGCAGAACCUCCCCCGACGUGUAACCGAAAUACCGACCCUUGCAAGGAUGGCGUGGUCUUCCCAAUUUGGAGGCCUAUAGAGAUGAGUACGGGUGAUAUGAUUUGUAGAACCAUCGUAUAUGGCCUCGGUUUGGUGUGGUGUUUCUGUGGUGUUGCUAUCAUAGCAGAUCGUUUUAUGGCAUCCAUCGAAGUAAUCACAUCUAAAGAACGUACUGUCAAGAUUAAGAGUAAAACUGGGGAAGUGACCAAAAUAAAGGUUAGGAUCUGGAAUGAAACAGUAUCUAAUCUGUCUCUCAUGGCUCUCGGGUCAUCUGCCCCUGAGAUUCUUCUGUCUAUUGUUGAGGUGAUUGGAAGAAACUUUGAGGCUGGAGAACUUGGUCCUGGAACAAUCGUAGGAAGUGCUGCCUUUAACCUGUUCUGUAUCAUUGGCUUCUGUUGCUAUGUUAUCCCAGAUGGACAAGUGCGGAGAAUUAAACAUUUGCGCGUGUUCUGUAUCACAGCAUCUUGGAGUAUCUUUGCCUACUUGUGGCUCUAUGUUAUCAUUGCCGUAAUAUCGCCUGGUGAGAUUCAAGUUUGGGAGGGUGUCUUAACAUUCUUGUUUUUUCCUAUAACCAUCCUCACUGCAUAUAUUGCUGAACGAAGGCUUCUAUUCUACAAAUAUCUGAAUAAGAACUAUAGAGCUGGGUUACACAAGGGUAUUGUUGUUAUCACAGAAGGGGCUGAUGAUGAUGAGGACUUGGAAAUGGGUAAAUUAAUGAAUAACAAUGACAAUGAUACUCACUAUAAGGGAAUUGCUGAUUCGGAUGAUGAAGUUAAAGAAUUUGAGAAGCACAGGCUGGAAUAUAUUGAAAUUCUACGAGGACUUCGCAAAGAUAACCCAGAUGUUGAUAUGAAGAAACUGGAAGAAAUGGCACAGGCGGAAGCAAUGAACAGAGGACCGAAAAGUCGUGCAUUCUACCGUAUUCAAUCCAUAAGGAAAUUAACAGGAGGCGCAUCCCUCAAGAAACCCAAGAUUGGUCAAAAAUCAGCCUUGGAUGACGAAGCUGAAGAUCCUCAUGUCACUAAGAUUUUCUUUGAACCUGGCCACUAUACAGUGAUGGAGAGUGUAGGUAGCUUUCAAAUGACUGUUGCUAGAAGUGGAGGCAACUUGAGAAACACAAUCUAUGUUGACUAUAAAACGGAAGAUGGUAGUGCGACUGCUGGGACUGACUAUGAAUAUGCUGAGGGCACCCUAGUGUUUCAACCUGGAGAGACGCACCAGCAGUUUGCCAUCAGUAUUAUUGAUGAUGACAUCUUUGAAGAGGAUGAACACUUUUUUGUUCUCAUAAGCAAUGUCCGUGUUGGCGGUAAUGAAGGGAUGAUAAGCGAACACAGAACAUCAGAAUUUGCUAAAUUGACCAAUCCAGUGAGAGCAACUGUAAUGAUCUUAGAUGAUGACCAUGCUGGUAUGUUUUACUUUGAGUCGGAGAAAGUUGAUUUUGUUGAAUCUAUCGGAGAAGCCCACAUCAAAGUUGCACGUGCGACUGGUGCCCGAGGUUGUGUCAAGAUUCCAUACAAGACAAUAGAGGGCACCGCAAAAGAUGGGAGAGAUUACGAAGAUGUCCACGGAGAAUUGACUUUCGAAAAUGAUGAAACUGAAAAGUACAUUGCUGUGAGGAUCAUUGAUGAUGAACAAUAUGAGAAGAAUGAGACAUUCUUUGUUGAACUCGGGGAACCCAGAUUAGUGAGGAGAGGCUCAGGUGCCAAGGUGAUAGAUGACAACAUCCCAGAAGAUGACUUAACAGAAGAUGAUAAGAUUGCCAGGCUAGGGAAACCACAACUGGGUGAUCCAAUCAAGUGUACAGUCCACAUAAAAGAAAGCAUGGAGUUUAAGAACACGGUUGACAAACUGCUAAAGGAAACCAACACUUCCAUGGUGCAUACAAUAGACCAGCUUUUGUACCAAAAUCAAGUGGUGGUAGGAACCUCAUCUUGGAGGGAACAGUUUAAAGCUGCUCUCAGCGUCGUAGAGGAAGGUGAUGAAGAUGAUGACGGUGAGGAGGGAGAAGAAAAACUUCCAUCUUGCAUGGAUUACGUUAUGCAUUUCCUGACCAUCUUCUGGAAGGUUCUUUUUGCAAUUGUGCCCCCCACAGAUUAUUGGGGAGGUUGGGCCUGCUUUAUUGUGUCCAUAAUCUGGAUCGGAAUUCUAACAACAAUUAUUGGUGAUCUUGCAUCAUCAUUUGGUUGUACUAUAGGUCUCAAGGAUUCAGUGACAGCCAUCUCAUUCGUUGCCUUGGGAACUAGUGUGCCAGAUACAUUUGCUAGCAAAGUUGCCGCCAUAGGAGACAAGUAUGCAGAUUCCUCAGUGGGAAACGUAACAGGAAGUAAUGCUGUAAAUGUGUUCCUUGGUAUUGGACUUGCGUGGGGAAUGGCAGCCAUUGUUCACGCUGCCAAGGGAACCAAGUUCAUUGUGAAACCUGGCUCUUUAGGAUUUUCUGUUACAGUUUUCUGUAUUUUUGCCUGUAUAGCUAUAGCAACCAUAAUGUUUAGGCGAAAAAAGUCUAUUGGUGGAGAAUUAGGGGGCCCUCGUGGCUGUAAAAUUGUCACUACUAUUUUAUUAUCAGGACUUUGGGUAUUUUACAUCAUCCUUUCUUCCCUAGAGAGUUACUGCUAUAUCCCAGGAUUCUAACUUUGCACCCCUCCAUCCUAUUUUGGCGGCGUAAAAGCCCCAGUAUGCAGCGUCCCAAGUUAGUGACAACAGGGGUCAUGGCACGGGACAUCUGAGACGUUCAGGGAAUGAGUAUGCAUAAUACUUAAUUCUGAUUGGUUGAAAGAGCCAUGACAAGAAAGAGGAUCUCUAAUUGUAAACUCCCUCGGGAAGUGAGGAUGACGUAGAAUUGUAUGAUUCACUGUGAUUGAUUCAGGAAAGAAGCAAACGAUGAGUUGACAAUGAUGUGUACAUAUUGUUCGAAGAAAUCAAGCUAAUCGAGAUCGGUGUACUAAAGAAUCCUUAGAAAGAUGGACGAAUUCAAGUACCUCAUUAUGAAACAUUUUAUAUAUGCUUAUAUUUUGAAGCUAUUAAUUUCAAACAGUACCACAGUAUUCAUUUUCAAUUCUUGUAGCAAAUUUCCAGACCUAUAUAUAUAUUUACCUUCGUGGAAAUGCUAGUUAUUCUUGGUUCUGUAUAUUGUUAGUUGAUUGAUGAAAAAUAAAUGGACAAUUGCUAGUCACCUCUAGUCAAUGUAUAAUAAUUAAGAAUAUAUUAUAACUGGCCACGGUGGCUUUAUGGCACCGUAUUAUGUCACUGUAUUAUGUCACAAUUAGAUACCAAAGUUGCUUCAGAGAUGGACAUUUCUGAUAGAGGGUUGUAUAGAUAUCCCAUAUAUAGUCCCAUAAUGCGUAUUCCCAUUAUGCAUAGUCCCAUAUUAUUAGUCCCAGCUUACACUAGUCCUGAUUGUACUGGAAUGUUUGAAUUGGAUAUCUCCUUGUGAAGAUUCAGGUUUGUCCUUCAAGAUAUUACAAGUCUCCUUCAGGAAGCUUCUCCUCCGGGAGUCAAUGUAACAUGUGAAUACACUCAAUAUUUUACUCAUUUUCUACAAUCACAAAAUGAGUUAAAAAUCUUAAGACGUAUGUGAAUCUUCCCGAGGAUGAUAUCCAUUGAUGAAUUUCUGCCCACAUGUAAAGCGACAUAUUUUUAAUGCUUGUUAUAUUUGAAUUUAUAAAUUGUAUAUUGAGACGAUUUUGGUGUUCUGGUAUACCAUUUAUUAUUAACUGUUCUGUUAGUACUUUGUACAGUUGUUAUUGAAAAUAUUCAAGUUGUUAUCGAUCAUAUACUAUACAUAUACCCGUAUAGGAACAAGUUUUUCCCAUGUGAUAUGGCAUUCUACUCUCUCUAGGAAAAUAUUAUUUCAACUUUCACGUCUUACAACUUAUGAACAUAAAAAGAAUGAACUUCAACAGGCAUGAACAUUUUACAAAUAGUGUACACAAGUUGAAAUGAUAUUUCCCUGAAGGAGAGGAUGUAUUUGAUUGUAAAUACUAUUCUUAUAAUUCAUAACUAUUUAAACACCAGCGGUGCAAUAUGCUUUGAAAAGUAUAUAAAAGUCUACUUGAGAUUGGUUUAAACGAAAAUAUUUCAUUAUCUAGUGACCAUGACCUUGUCUUUUGUCAAGGGAUGACACUUUGAUGAUGUUAUAUUUUUAUUUUUAGCCAUUGAUGAUCGCAAUCAAAGUUACGUUCAUAACAUAGCAAUACAAAGACAUGGCUAUCUUCCGAGCAAAAUCAAACAUGUAGUUUAUCGUUCUCAGC